UCUGUGGAGACGUCGAAGUAGUGUUUAUGGGUUUGUUGUGUUGUGGAGAAAAAUAUGUAUAAAUGUAAAAUAAAUGUAGUUAAUCGCUUUAGUUAGCGGUUUUACACACACACACAGUCAACGCUGAAGCUUCUUCUAAGUCCAGACUGAACUCUUAUUAUCAGGCUUUCCCAAAUUUAGGCCAUGGAGACACAUGGAUUCACAAGGAAAAGAAGAAGAGAUGUCACAAAUGGAAAGAUGGACACUGAAGAACGAGGUGGAAAAAUCCCUCGUAGGUCUUCGACCCUGAAAAAUCCUGCACCCUUUUCUGACCAGCUGGAACCUAUAUCCACUCUAUACACUCGUGUUAAUUGGGAGGAAGCCUGCUGUGGCACACCAGUUCGCGUGUAUGCUGAUGGGAUCUUUGACGUGUUUCAUUCUGGACAUGCCCGAGCUCUGAUGCAGGCUAAAAGCCUUUUUCCAAAUACUCAUCUCCUCGUCGGCGUAUGCAGUGACGCUUUGACGCACAAGCUUAAAGGCUUUACUGUUAUGAACGAGGACGAGCGUUACGAUGCAGUGAGUCACUGUCGCUACGUGGACGAGGUGGUCAGGGAUGCCCCAUGGACACUAACACCAGAGUUCCUGGCCAAGCACAGAAUUGACUUUGUUGCCCAUGACGACAUCCCAUACGUUUCAGACCAGAUCGAUGACGUUUACAAGCACAUAAAGGAGGCUGGCAUGUUUGCAGCUACACAAAGGACAGAGGGCAUCUCCACCUCUGACAUCAUCACACGCAUCGUCCGUGACUACGAUCUGUACGUGCGACGGAAUCUGCAGAAAGGCUACACUGCCAAGGAGCUCAAUGUCAGCUUCAUCAAUGAGAAGAAGUACCACCUUCAGAAGCAUGUGGAUAAGGUGAAGCAGAAGGUACGGGAUGUGGAGGAGAAGAGUAAAGUGUUUGUGCAGAGGGUGGAGGAGAAGAGCAUUGACCUUAUCCAGAAGUGGGAGGAGAAAUCACGCGAGUUCAUUGGCAACUUCCUGCAGCUGUUUGGACCAGUUGGGGCACUGAAGAACAUGCUGGCCAUCAGCCCCAAACCAAGCCCUGACAGCAGCCCCACACGAGAAGAGCGCUCUACUUCUCCUACCUUCCGUCUUCCUUUCUUCACCAAGACCCUCCCUUCCUGCUAGCCUCCUCACCGUAUCCUAAACUGUAUCAUAGCUUUAAUUUAAGUCUGAUGAAGACGCCUUCAUUAAUUACUGUAUAAAGGGCCAGGGAAAAGCUCCUGGAAAGAAAUUCCUCACCGAUUGAAUCAGUAUUUGUUUGGAUCUUUUAUACGCAUUUGAUUUGUGCACAAGUUGUUAAACUCUGUCUUACUGUCACAUCACACGUUGGACCAUUGUUUUGUUGUUGCUUUUGUUCCCCGUUUUAGUUCUUUACGUCCAACAAACGUAACCAUCCACGCACACAUGCACUUUUUAAAAUGAAGUUGAUGUACCUCUUAAUCCAGUCAUGUUUGCUUCUAUAGUUUUAUACCAGAGCCACAACGAUAAUCUAAUUUUUGUCAUGUUUGUGUAUUUAAGCUGUCACAAUAAAUGUCAUUCUUAUUACUUUUGA